AUGGGCUGCAUGUUCUCCAAGAAACUCCGAAAGGAGAUUGAGGAGGAGGACAACCUCCCACCGCUCGUUUUCGAGCCGGUGUCCUUCCGCCCUCCCGCCUGUCCUCUCCCUGACUGCAAGCCAGUCACCAAGGAGGCGAGUGAACCUGAAAAGGUCACUGCGUCCCUCGUCCUUCGCUGGCUCAAAGCGUUGGACGAGAGGGACCCAAGUCCCUCCUUGGUGCUGGAGAGGAAGGCAAGGGAGAGGCCACCGCUGCCACAGAUGCGGUGUGAAAAUUGGAAGAAGCUCGAGCUUGAGUCGAGCGACUCCCUCGUCUGCGAGUGCUGCGCUCCCACUCAAAAUCACACCCUUACCAUCAUCAUCAUGGACGAAGCAAAGACUCUCAUCCGGACGGCAGUGCGCACUUUCUUCCCUCACCCUAAACAGAUCAUCAUUGUCGACGCCAUCCUCAUGCACUCAGUUCUACAAAUGGACGACCUGAACAUUCUCCUGAACUCUCAGCCCAAAGACAUCCGCAGCCUACUCAACCCUCUGCGCACUGCCCGGCUUGUCCAGACACAGUCCCGCAAUGAAGCCAAGAUCGGCUCUACAAGACCCUCGUCCAGAGAAUACUACUACUGUCCCUUCCACCCCGCAAUCGACGCAAUCAAAUACAAGAUCGCAAAACUCCGCAAGAAAGUGGAGGCGAUGUAUCAACAAGAUGAGACCAAACGCAAAGACUGGCGCUGUCCCCGCUGCAAGGCAGAAUAUGAAGAACUUGACAUACUUGACAAAGUCGGAGACGAAGGCUUCUACUGCGACAGAUGCCAUGCGACCCUGGUCCAGAACGAACAAGUCGCACUGAAAGACCGCGGCAACCACGAAAAGAUCAGAAAGCUGAAUGAUCAGCUCAAAAAGUUUGACGACAUGAUCCUCAAGAUCGAUCGGACAGACAUCCCCGAAAACGACUUCACCUCAGCAUGGGACCGAAAGAAAGACGUCCCCCGACCGCAGGGAAGUGGGAAAACAGACACAUCAGAACAGUACGUUCCUCUACAGAGAGGCAACAGGUACUACGACUACAAGAGAAGCGGCCCAGACAUGGUCGACGUUAAAAAUCUCACCGUCAACCUGACUAGUGGUGAGGAACAAGAACGUGAAGAAGCAGAAAGGAAAGAAGAGCGCAGGAAAUUCCUCGCCAAACAGAAUCAACUGCCAGUGUGGUAUACAAGCAGUGCAAUCGGGGCUACCACCAAUGGAACCGCCACGGCUGCUACCACUCCAGAUGACGAUGAGGCAGGAGGAGAAGAAGAUGCGGAGGAGGAGGAAGAAGACUUUGAAGAUGUGGAUGUCAAACCAGAACCAGUCAAUGGCAUCAAGAGAGAGUAUGAAGUCGCCUUUGAAGGAGACUCUGAAGAAGAUGAAGAGUUUGAAGAUGCAGUCUGA